GCCCAUAUAUAACAAACCUAGCUAAAGUUUAUUCCAAAAACUCUUGCCAAGUAGUAGUUUUUUACAAUUUGUCUGAAAAACGCAAAAUCUCUCUCAGUGAUUUUUCGAGUAUUCUCAGGCCGCACCGAUUCACCGAUUCGGCCCUACUUCGAUUUCAGGUUUAUGUUUUGCCAAGAGAUAUCCGACAUUUGAGCUGGCCAUAUUUAUGGUUGCCAAUUUGGCUAGUUGACAACAUUUUACUCCUUCUCACAUGGUUUGUUCUUGGAAACAUAGAGAAAUACGGUCUGGAGAGGCCAUUAGUUGGGCCUUUGGAACAACAGAAUACACAAGGAAAACUCCCGGUUCUAGACACUGGUGCCAGGAACAUUGGAUACAAAAAUUAGAUCACGACCAUUUGUAAACUUAACCCAAAAUGGCAUAUAACAUGGGUCCAAUUGCCAUGGGUAAAUUCAAAAGCCCAAGUAUCAAGUCUACUUGAUCUGCUUCUGCUUCCUCUCCUCACAUAGAUAGUCCUUCCACAAACAAUGAUUCUUAGAACUAAACCCCAACAAUAUAAUAUCUCCCGCUUUUUCACCAUUGAAGCAACAAAGCAAGCUUUCAAUAAUCAACAACAACAAGAAUGUUCUCCCAUCACUCAACAACUCUUAUUACUCUUGAAAAAAUGCAUUACAAUCAAACAAGUCCAACAAAUCCAUACCCAAAUGUCAAUUUACUCUAUAAACAAAGCCAACUAUUUGCUCUCAAAAAUUAUAGACCUCAAAAAUUACGAUUAUGCCGCUCUUCUUUUCUCACAUAUUAAUAGUCCCAAUGAGUAUGCAUUUAACAUAAUGAUAAGAGGGUUAACUACAACAUGGCAAAACUUUGAUCUUUCUUUAGAAUUUUACUACAAAAUGAAGUCUUUGAGUUUGAAAACUGAUAAUUUCACUUACCCUUUUGUGUUUAUGUGUUGUGGGAGUCUUUUAGCUAUAAAACUUGGUAGGUUAGCUCAUUGUGAGGUGUUGAAAAAUGGGUUGUUUGUGGAUUUUCAUGUUGGUCAUUCUUUGAUUACUAUGUAUUCACGUUUUGGGGAAAUGGGUUAUGCAAGGAAGGUGUUUGAUGAAAUGUCGCAAAGAGAUUUGGUUUCGUGGAACUCAAUGAUUUCAGGGUAUGCUCAAAGGGGCUGGUCGAGGGAGGCGGUGGAAUUGUUUAAGGAAAUGAGGAAUGAAGGGUUUGAACCUGAUGAGAGGAGUCUAGUGAGUGUUCUUGGGGCAUGUGGGGAUUUGGGGGAUGUGAGUUUGGGGAAAUGGGUGGAGGAGUAUGUUGUGGGGAAGAGAAUGGAGAUGAAUUCUUUUAUAGGUUCAGCUUUGAUUAACAUGUAUGGCAAAUGUGGAGAUUUGGUUUCUGCUAGAAGGAUCUUUGAUGGCAUCAGGAAGAAAGACGCCAUCACUUGGAAUGCAAUGAUUUCAGGGUAUGCACAAAAUGGGUUUUCGGAUGAAACAAUCUCUUUGUUCAAUGCCAUGAAGGAGGCAGCAGUUAACCCAAAUAAUAUCACGCUGGUAAGUGUUCUAUCUGCAUGUGCUUCAAUUGGAGCCCUGGAUGUUGGAAAAAGCAUCGAUGACUAUGCAUCAAGAAGAGGUAUAAAGUAUGAUAUAUAUGUAGCUACGGCCUUAAUUGAUAUGUAUGCAAAAUCUGGCAAUCUGGAUGUUGCGUAUAAAAUUUUUGAAAGCAUGCCUAGAAAAAAUGAAGUCUCUUGGAAUGCAAUGAUUUCUGCUCUUGCCUUUCAUGGAAGAGCACAAGAAGCAUUAUCCCUAUUUAACCGCAUGUCACUCGAGAGUAGUGAUGCCCGCCCAGAUGAUGUCUCGUUUGUUGGAGUACUUUCGGCAUGUGUACAUGCUGGAUUGGUUGAUGAAGGUAAGCACCUCUUUGAUAUAAUGAAUUCAUCUUUUGGAUUGAUUCCAAAAGUUGAACAUUACUCUUGCAUGGUUGAUCUUUUGUCUCGUGCUGGUCGUGUAUACGAGGCAUGGGACUUUAUUGAGAUGAUGCCUCAAAAGCCAGAUGAAAUUUUACUUGGUGCAUUGCUUGGUGCCUGUCAAAAGCUCAAAAAUAUUGAUGUUGGGGAACGAGUGAUGCAGCUACUUCUUGAGAUGGAACCAUCAAAUUCGGGUAAUUAUAUAAUAUCAUCAAAGAUAUAUGCAAAUCUCCGAAGGUGGGAUGAUUCAGCAAGGUUGAGACAACUAAUGAGACAGAGAGGUGUGACUAAAAUUCCAGGCUGUAGCUGGAUCGAGAUGGAUUCUCAACUUGUUGAAUUUCGUGCUGGUGAUUUGUCACAUUUACUUGCAGAUGGGAUUCAAGAGGCUCUAGACUUGUUGUACGAGGAGAUGGCCAUAGAAGGUUACAUUCCAAAUGUGAAGCUUGAGUAGAAAGUAUGUAACUUUUCAGCAUGGAUUGUUGGAUAGGCCACCGGGUACCUUUAUGAUCAUCAUGAGCUCUUGAACUGAAUGCAUGGUCAGUUUUUUGGCUUCAGUAAUCGGCAGACUUCCGUGUGAAUACUUGCCAGGAUCCUUCUGUGCCUGCUUCGCCUUCGAAACCAAAUAGAAGCUAUAAAUACGGGCACCAGAAAUGGUAACUGGACAAAGCAAUUUCACUAAAUGAUCAAGCAAGAACAGUUCAAUCCAGCCAUGCCGAAUGCAUAUUAAGAUUCUUCUCAAAUGCAACCAAAGUAUACAUAAUUUGCUGGACAAUAUAGAAACUUGCCCCUCGGUUGCUUGAUUCUUUUUGCUGUAAACAAAGAGUGAAAGUUCUGGAAAUUCUAGACAUUAGUGCAUUACAUAUUGCUCUCCCCCUCCAACACCCCCUGAGGCAUUUCUCCCUGCAAGGUUUCCAGUUGAACUUUCUGAAUUUUGAUGAAAACAUGUAUAAGUCGAAGCUGCAGUUAAGCAAGCCAUGACCAUCUAUACUACUGGUGCACCAGGUGAUAUACUCAUUUUCCUGAUUGAUCAGGACGAGAUUGAAGCAGCCUGUUAUGCACUUUCAGAGCGGAUGGAACAACUUAUCUCAUCAAUAAAGCAACCAGUGCCCAAGCUGUUAAUUUUUCCUGUAUACUCUCAAUUGCCUGCUGAUCUGCGAGCACGAAUUUUCCAGAAGGGCUCGCAAAUGCAUUGUUGCUACUAAUAUUAUUGAGACAUCCUUGAUCAUCAAUGGAAUUUUCCAUGUCAUUGAUACAGGCUAUAGUAAAAUGAAGGUGUACAAUCCACGUACGGGUAUGGAUGCUCUGCAAGUGUUGCCCAUUAGUCUAGCUUCCGCUGACCAACGUGCUAGUCUAGCUGGUAGAACUGGCCCAGGGACUUGUUACAGACUUUAUACAGAGAAUGCUUAUAAGAAUGAAAUGCUGCAAAGCACUGUGCCAGAGAUUCAACAGACAAAUCUUGAGUAUGUGAUUUUGUUUCUCAAGUGUCUCGGAAUUCAGAACGUGUUAGAUUUUGGAUUUUAUGGAUCCACCUUCUCAAGAUAACAUCGUUAACUCCAUGUAUCAGUUGUGGGUUCUAGGUGCACUUAACAAUGUUGGGGACUUGACGGAACUUGGAUGGCAAAUGGUGGAGUUUCCAUUGGACCCUCCCCUUGCUAAAUUGCUCUUGAUGGGGGAACAAUUCGAAUGCUUAAAUGACGUUCUGACAAUUGUUUCUAUGCUUUCAGUGCCUUCGGUAUUCUUUAGACCUAAGGAUAGGGAAGAGGAAAGUGAUGCUGCUAGGGAAAUGUUUGUUGUGCCAGAAUCUGAUCACCUUACUUUAGUUAAUGUUUACGAGCAAUGGAAAGUGAAUGAAUACAUGGGAGACUUUUUACAGGUCAAAGGUUUGCGCAGGGCUAGAGAUAUAAGAUCCCAAUUGCUGGAUAUCCUCAAGAAACUCGAAUUUCACUAUCUUACAAUUUAUGCUAUAAACUUUUUCUCUUCUCAUGCCUUGAAUCUAUGGUUGUUUAAGUUUGUUUGAAUAUUUAGCUCUAAGUGUGCGUGUCAUUAUCUUACAAUUUAUGCGAUAGGCCUUUUUCAUGGCUUGAAUAUGUAACCUCUUCAACCACAAGCAACAACUCUUUCGUUACACCAA